AUGCAAGAUACACACGAGAGUAAUCUGACAACUCAGGACAAGACUACAGUACCACAGAACAACACCCCUACUGCUCAGGACAAGGUUACAGUACCACAGAACAACACCCCUACUGCUCAGGACAAGGUUACAGUACCACAGAACAACACCCCUACUGCUCAGGACAAGACUAGUAAGACAGUACCACAGAACAACACCCCAACUGCUCAGGACAAGGUUACAGUACCACAGAACAACACCCCUACUGCUCAGGACAAGGCUACAGUACCACAGAACAACACCCCUACUGCUCAGGACAACCGGUUACAGUACCAUGCACAGAACAACACCCCUACUGCUCAGGACAAGGCUACAGUACCACAGAACAACACCCCAACUGCUCAAGAGAUGUAA